GUUUCCGCCCGCGGUGAGGGUGCCGGUCCGAGGCCGCCGCAGGUCCCGGCUGUCCCCAGCGAGCCUGGCCCGGGCCGUUUUCAUCUUUUUUUUCUGGCCCCUGCUCUGUCUCCUCUUAACGUGUAAUUUCUUAAGUCCGAUUCGGGGUGAUGUGAGUGCGCUGUGGCAUGUAGAGUAACAGCAGCACUCAUGUUUUAGCCUAGUUUUAGCUCUGCCACGCACUGUCAUUCGCGCAGGCUGAAGACCCAGACUUCUCAGCUGGGUGAUGUAAAGGAAUGCAGCCGUGGCCAAACAGGCAGAAAUUCUAAAAUUGUUUCCAAGUGACAAGGAUGUAACAUGUCUUGCUUCCAUCUAUGUCAUUCCUCUCAGAACAUGUAUGCUGUGCUUGUCCUAGACUAGACCCUGAAAAGUGUGCUACAGUUUCUCGUGAUUAUGUUGCUGCUGGAAACAUUGGAUUAAAAGAUCCAUAGCAAAGUUAGGCAGCAGAAGACAAUACCUCCUGCUUAAUGACAGGCAGAACUGGGGACAAAAUUUACUGGAUUCUUAAAGAGAAUCCUAACGCGUUAGACCUUUAAGAGACUUUACAGGUUUGCACCAACCCAUUAAAUGUAUGUGGUGGAGCACACCACUGUGUCCCAAGGGAUCCGGUCCCGUGUUAGGUGUGUCCUAGAGGACACUGGGGUGCUGCACAUUACUGCUAGAUCUGAAAAUCAGUGUCUUCAUUUGAGCCAAAGGGGAACAUGCCCCCGCACAUUUUUGAUAUCUCAAGUAUAUUCAGUGUGUCAUACUCACCUUGAAAGGCAGAUUUGCGGAGAACUGUUGUUACUUAUUGCAUGUUAUCCAUGCUAGUAGAAGAGCCAGGAUCUUCAUUCCUCUGAUUUAAUUACUGGGUGGCAUUUUCUCUUGGAAAACAAAACAGCAGUAAUAGGCACUGGCAAGGUAUGGAUGACCUGGGUUGGGUACGUCCCUGGAUGUCACAAGCUCGUCAGAGAAGACAAAUUAUUGCUGAUUGGGGACAUUUAGUACAUGGUUUGCUCAUGAUCUGUUUAAGAAAUUAGGAAAACGUUGCUUAGUUUUGACCCUUUUCACCUUCAGCCAUUUGAUUGGUGCAAGUAGGAAUUCAGAGAAGGAGCUCUGCUUUAAAGGUAACAGAGCCUGGGGGGAAAUACCAGGGCAGGGAAGUUGCUGUUCUUACAGCUGGGCUUGGCUGCUUUUCCUUUGCUUCUUUGUAUUUUUAGUAAAUGACCCACUGACUUUAUGACGUUUGAGACAUGCUUUCUUAUCCACGACUUGAAGCUUCGGCUGGAAGAUCUGUACUUGUGAAAUGUCUCUCUUGCGUGCCUCUGUUGCAUUUGUCUGGAUUGCUUGGCAGUUCCUUAAGUACAUGAUCCUGCAGUUUCUAUAUGUUUCGAAGUUGUAGAAGGCAGUUUAUUGGGGGAUGGUACUGACAGGACUCAGGUAACUACUUUUGUCGUCUUAGUGACAUACUUGUGCUGUGCCUUCCUGUUUUCUCUUAUUUCUUUGGCUAAUACUUUGCUGGAGGAAUCAUUUUGUACUCAAGUGAGUUGAGGCAGCGCUUAAAUCAGCCUCUUUGUAUCUAUUGUUUGUUCCCAUAACCCUGGGAACAGUGAUACAACUUAUGUGUAUGUGGGUACAGUGCAUUCUGAGUCUGGCUUUCCUGUUAGUUAAAUGCCGAGAUGUGCUAGUAACAACUGUUGUCCGUAUCUUCUGAAUUUCUGGCACCAAAGCUCAUCUGUGUCACUGAGUAAUCUGAAUCCUGGCCAAGGGACCUGGUGCACAGAUUCUUAUAGACAUCUAAGUGUGAAAGAAAUUAGAACCAGAAAAGGAGGUAAAGUGAAUGCCGAAGACAGAAGAUUUGGAUGAUACACCACUGACUUUCUUUGUUUGGAAUACACGUUAUGAACCCUUUCUGGAGCAUGUCUACAAGCUCUGUACGCAAACGAUCUGAAGGUGAAGAGAAGACAUUAACAGGGGACGUGAAAACCAGUCCUCCACGAACUGCACCAAAGAAACAGCUGCCUUCUAUUCCCAAAAAUGCUUUGCCCAUAACUAAGCCUACAUCUCCUGCCCCAGCAGCACAGUCAACAAAUGGCACGCAUGCGUCCUAUGGACCCUUCUACCUGGAAUACUCUCUUCUUGCAGAAUUUACCUUGGUUGUGAAGCAGAAGCUACCAGGCGUCUAUGUGCAGCCAUCUUAUCGCUCUGCAUUAAUGUGGUUUGGAGUAAUAUUCAUACGGCAUGGACUUUACCAAGAUGGCGUAUUUAAGUUUACAGUUUACAUCCCUGAUAACUAUCCAGAUGGUGACUGUCCACGCUUGGUGUUCGAUAUUCCUGUCUUUCACCCGCUAGUUGAUCCCACCUCAGGUGAGCUGGAUGUGAAGAGAGCAUUUGCAAAAUGGAGGCGGAACCAUAAUCAUAUUUGGCAGGUAUUAAUGUAUGCAAGGAGAGUUUUCUACAAGAUUGAUACAGCAAGCCCCCUGAACCCAGAGGCUGCAGUACUGUAUGAAAAAGAUAUUCAGCUUUUUAAAAGUAAAGUUGUUGACAGUGUUAAGGUGUGCACUGCUCGUUUGUUUGACCAACCUAAAAUAGAAGACCCCUAUGCAAUUAGCUUUUCUCCAUGGAAUCCUUCUGUACAUGAUGAAGCCAGAGAAAAGAUGCUGACUCAGAAAAAGAAGCCUGAAGAACAGCACAAUAAAAGUGUUCAUGUUGCUGGCCUGUCAUGGGUAAAGCCUGGCUCAGUACAGCCUUUCAGUAAAGAAGAGAAAACAGUGGCGACUUAGGAGAUGGUGAAUCUGGUGCACCAUGCACUUUCCUGCUGGACUCUGGCCUAGUUCAAGCUGACCAAUGGCGGAGGACUGCCUGAAGAGUAAAACUGUGUGAACAAUGAUUGACUGCCAGUGUUUUCCAUGUAUGCAUAGGUUCUAACAGCAGGGUUUGGAAACCUGUCUCUAAGUAAUGCAUUACUUCUGUCAGAAGUGUCUUAGGAUGGUUAUCUAGUUCAGUACUCCAAAUUAUUGGGGACCUUGAGGCUUAAGUGUUUGUCUGAAUAUAAUGCUAAAGGUAAGUUGCAUUCAUUUAAACUAAUAGAGCAGACAGAAUUCAGCACUACUUAAUAGUUUAUAAAUCAGUGGUUUCAGUUGUAUAUAUGUUAGGAAAUGGAGAGGUAUAGAGAGAGCAGGUUCCAUAGCUCAGCACUUUUAAGUGGAAGAUCAUUUGAAUCUCAGUCUUCAGCCUGCACUGAUUUGUAGCCUGCACUGUCUUACUGAUUUACAAACUGAAAUCACUGAGAAAUGUCUUUAGUUCAGUGAGAAGAAACCAGAACACUUGUUCCUAGUGUUGUGUUGUUUUUUUAAGCAAAUUACUUACUGUAUUUUUAUGGCAGGAGGGAGAAAAAGUGUUACAACGGUUUCUAAUGAAGUCCGGUAUUUAAAUGAUAAAUGACUAAUGUGUUUAGUAGAGACAAAAUAAACCAAUAAAUGAUUGUUCUUUGCCAUUUA